AUGCAGAGUGUAAUAAACACUGUGAAGGGUACAGCCCUGGGAGUUGCAGGAUAUUUGACUCCGGUCCUGAAGGAAUCAAAGUUCCAAGAGACUGGAGUCCUAACUCCUGAGGAGUUUGUAGCAGCUGGAGAUCAUCUUGUGCACCACUGUCCUACUUGGCAAUGGGCAAAGGGUGAGGAAGGCAAAAUUAAGCCUUAUUUACCAGCCGAUAAACAGUUUCUUAUUACAAGAAAUGUGCCUUGCUAUAGAAGAUGUAAACAGAUAGAGUAUUGUGAAGACCAUGAGAAGAUAAUAGAAGAUGAGCAAGAUGAGGAUGGGGGCUGGGUUGACACACACCACUAUGAUUCUGCUGGCUUACCUACUAUUGAGGAAAAGGUGUGUGAAAUGACCUUAGAGGCAGCGGAGACAGGUGACAGUGAUGAAGCAGCAGGAGACCCUGAUGACGACGAUGAUGAUGGCGAGGAUGGUGACGCAGAGGAUAUGGAAUUAUUUCAGGAAUCAGGUCUACUGGAUGAGGUGGAUCCAUCAACAGCUCUAAGCAGUAAAAAGCCCACCGAAGAAGGAUCGCGGCGAGCGCCUUCCGGUAGUGGUGAUGAAAUAGUGCGUACGCGAACCUACGACUUACAUAUUACGUACGACAAAUAUUAUCAGACACCAAGAUUGUGGCUCGUUGGAUAUAAUGAGGAACGUAAAUUGUUAAGCGUAUCGCAAAUGUAUGAGGACGUAUCUCAAGACCACGCCAAGAAGACAGUUACCAUGGAAACGCAUCCUCAUCUCUCUGGGCCUUCUAUGGCGUCUGUCCAUCCUUGCCGACACGCAGAAGUAAUGAAGAAGAUAAUAGAAACCGUGACAGAAAGUGGCGGCGAACUUGGAGUACAUUCCUAUCUCAUUAUCUUCCUCAAAUUUGUACAAACUGUAAUCCCAACCGUUGAAUAUGAUUUUACACAGAACUUCACUAUUCACUAA